GGACAAAUUGAUGUUCGUUGUGGCACGUAAUCCCCUCCCCAAGUACCACCGUUCCAUGGCUAGUUAAUUGCCUGAUAUUAGGACUAUCUAACAGCCACUUAAUAUCUGAUAAUUUGUUGCCACAAAAUCCUCUAUCAAAGUUCUUUUUUUGAAAAAAAAAAUCCUUUGUCAAAGCUGCCAAGCAAGCCCAGUAUCCAGGAGCAUUUAUCUCCCGAGAGGACGGAGACAUUCGUCGCCACGCAAGCACCAUUAUCUUCUUGAUUGCGCCUUUCUGUUCCUCAGGCUCACUUCCUCCCUCUUGAUUCCUGCCUGCGAUCACUUUCCUCCGAGUACUUGGUUCUGCAAGACUGCCACCCGUCGCCGAUCGCCAUGUCAGGGAAGAGCUCGAGCCCCUAUGGCGAGACUGACACUGGCGCGGACACGGCCCCCGCCAGCAGCAGCAGCAGCAUCCGUUGGGCGCCGCACGGCCGCGCCAUGACGGCCUGCCUCGUCGCCGUCAACGUCGCGCUCGUCGCCCUCGUCUACCUCUACUUCUGGCGGGUGUUCUCCCGCAAGCGCGACGCGUCGUCCUCCGGCGCCGACGAGGAGGACCGCGCGUCGUCGUCCUCCGCCUCGGCGCCGCCCUCGCCCGGGAGGGCCCAUGACGACGAGCAGCAGCAGCGCCGGCACGACCGCCUCGUAGCGUCGCUGCCGGCGUUCGUCGCGCGCCCCGGCGCCGGCGCGGGCUCGGAGUGCGCGGUGUGCAUCGCCGAGCUGCGGGACGGCGACGAGGCGCGCGCGCUGCCGCGGUGCGGGCACCGGUUCCACGCGGCGUGCGUCGAUGCCUGGCUGAGGCGGCGGCACUCCACCUGCCCGCUCUGCCGGGCAAGCGUCGUCGUCGCUGCCGCCGCGGAGGGGGCGGGGCCCAAGGGCGGUGGCGUGACGGGCACGACGGCGGCGGCUGCGGCCGUGGAGGAUACGGACGCGCCGGUCUAGUCAGUCGAUCACCACCGAUCGAUAGUGUGUGAGUGAAGCGAAGAAAUCGGGACGUCACGUAGCGGUCUUCCGUCAACGAAAGAGGUCGUUGUCGCAGCAUUAUCUUGUUUGGGUGAUUCCGAACCGGGAAGCUGGUCAGGCAAGAUUGAUUUGAAAAUUUCUAGUGGUAUUUCAUCAUCAGUAGCGUCCAAAGUUUCUUGUGUAUUAUGUAAAUUCGGCACUGUUCUACGGCACAUUUUAACAUAUACUUUACAUUCCCCCCUAAUAUGAAAGUCGAGGGACGAAUUUGACCCUCAUGACAAAGUUGAGGGAUGCAAAUGCCUAUUUUACCUUCAUUUUAA